AUGGUAGAAAUUAGAGAUGACUUGGUCGAGGAUAUUGUUGAGUUAACCAGGCGGAUACCUAUCUUACAUAUAGAGGAAUCCGGGCCCUUACUGGUUGAUUUGGCACCAGAAAAGGAAUGCUUAACUAACGGGAGUGCCAACACCAAGAUCCGCUAUGCACAAGCUAUACUAGACUCAGUACUAACUGAAUUUGGCGGCGGCAAUAGCGGCAGCUCAUUCUAUGAGAUACAAGUGCCAGAUGGAGACGUUAAAAAGGGAAGGCUAAUUUUCAGACAGUUCAGUAAAUUAGAAAAAUUUGUAUAUAAGAUUCUUUUGGCUAUUAUUUUCUUUGUGUUUGGAAUGCUCAGGUAUGCACUAUAUCAGUACAAUCAAAUGAGGUUAUCUUUGUUGCAUCUGAUAUACAACCCAUCCAGGAUACCCCAUUUGAUAAGAAGGGAUACUUUACGAUUGAAAAAGAUGCCUACUAGAGUUGCCUUUAUAUUAGAAGCCAAACCUAUUGGACAGGUUGGGGGAGGACUCUAUGGUCUUUUGUCAAAUGCCGCAGAAGUGGUCUCCUGGAGUGUUUACGCUGGUGUCAAGGAAGUAAUCUUAUAUGAUAUGGAUGGUUAUUUUCAAAAAAAUAUAUUCCAUUUGGAGGAUGAAAUAUACAGUUCCUUAACGAACUAUUCCAGCAGAAAUAGCAUUCCCAAUUUCACGAUCUAUGUACCUCACAGCGGUAAAACAUAUAAGAGAUAUCACACGGGCAAUAACGAGUCCCGUGAACAUAUCUCCAUUACAGUUCUGUCUCACAUCGACGGUAGACCCACCGUGGUCAACGUUGUGAAAUCAAUAAUACAACUAUGUAAAGAAUCAAAGAUGUCUGUGGGCGAGAUAUCUAUGGAGUUAGUGAACUCUGUACUGACAAGAUUGGUAUGCGAUGAACCAGAUCUACUGGUGUACUUCGGCCCUACACUGGAUCUCCAGGGGUUCCCACCUUGGCAGAUUCGGCUCACCGAGCUGUUCUGGGAACAGGACAACAACCGAGUCUCUUACAGCGUCUUCAUUCGUGCUCUGAACCACUACUCCAAUUGCAAGAUAAACCUCGGCAAGUAA